AUGGCAAUGAUGCACAGUCUCUUGCGUGCAGCGCUUCUUUGCGUGUCAUUUGGAUUCAUCUCAGCAAUUGUAUUUUGCAUCCGACGCCUGUACUGGCAUCCGCUCUCCAAGUAUCCUGGUCCUUUUCUUGCCAAAAUUACGGAUCUCUACGCUGCAUAUCAUGCAUGGAAAGGGGAUAUCCACAUCGAUCUAUGGAGACAACAUGAGCGAUAUGGGCCUAUUGUGCGGUACUCUCCAAACCAGCUCAACUUCAACACUGCCGAAGCCCUGAAGGAGAUCUACAUAAGCGGUGCGAAGAGCUUCCAGAAAAGUCCCAACUACCGAGUUCUAAGGCAUGGAGCCGCCAAUACCUUGACCAUGAUCAACAAGGAGGAGCACGCGCGUCGCCGCCGGAUCGUUUCACAAGGCCUGUCGGAUGCAGCUGUACGGUUCCACGAGCCUACACUGAUGGCCCAUAUUCAGAAGUGCUUCGCACUACUGUCAGGCACAGAUGAACCGAAAAACGUGGCAAGCUGGUUCAACUACCUGUCGUUUGACAUCAUGGCCGAUGUUGUGUUCGGCAUGCAGUACAACCUGCUGGGGUCGACAGCCAACCGUGCCAUUCCUGAUGCGAUUGAACAAUCCAAUGUUCGCGUUAGCGUACUUCUGCAAAGCCCUGUGACUCCGAGAAUUGCUCGCAUUGACCGCUGGCUGUUUCCCAAGGCGAUUCAGGCUCGUGACCAGUUUUUGAACUUUGUUCGAGGACUGGUCGACAAAGUCAUGAAGCCCGACUGUAGCUCCAAGGCCACAACUACAAUUGUAUCAAUAUUGAAGAACGCUCAUGACCCCGUUACCGGUCAGAAGCUGGGCUCCAAGGAAGUGCUUGCGGAAAGUACGACGUUAUGCGUUGCUGGCUCAGAUACGUCAUCAACUGCCAUGUCUGCCACAUUCUUCUACCUGGCAAACUCACCUAAAGCCUAUCGACGCGUUCAAGAUGAAGUCAGGUCGCUGUUCAACUCCGCAGAGGAGAUUCGAAUCGGCCCGAAGUUGAGCAAGCUCAUGUACGUGCGGGCCUGCAUUGAAGAAGCCCUGCGCAUGUCGCCACCUACAGGAGCGUCACUGUACCGGGAGGUUCUGCAUGGUGGCGCCACUGUCAACGGAGAAUGGUUCCCACCUGGAGUGGAUCUUGGUGUCCCAAUCUACGCUAUUCAGCACAAUCCGGAAUACUACCCAUCUCCUUUCGAAUUCCGCCCAGAACGCUGGAUGGAAAGCGAGGGGACCCCCAAGAAAAGCAUUGAAGCGGCAAGAGCAGCAUUCUGCCCCUUUUCGGUCGGCUCACGAAGCUGUGUCGGCAAGCACAUGGCCCUUGUCGAGUUGACCCUCGCAGUCGCAUAUGCUGUCUACACUUUGGACUUUGAGUUUGAUCCUGAGAAACAACAAGCUACCGACAAACGAUGGGGUAUCGAGGAUGAGUUCAAGUUGAGAGACCACAUCACGGCUUCGAAAGAUGGACCGCAUCUUCGUUUCACGCCACGUGCCAUGCCGGAGGGAACACCGGUAUUUGAAAAUGUGACUGAACUGCGACCAGUGUUGCAAAAUCGUUCAAUGACUGUGCCGACCAUAGGGACGUCGUGA